GCCAAUAUUUUGGAGCGAAGAGAAGAGUUGUCAAGCGGAGGCACCACUUCUAGUCGGAACGUCCGGUUACCGAUAUGAGGGACUGACACAGAUUAUUUUACCCCUGGUAAUCUGUCUGCUUUCGAAGCACUUUGUAUUUACAUAAAGUUCUGGAUAGGCUGUUCUGCACACAAGGAUGAAAUCCAUUGAAAAGGACAGUGUGGUCAGAUAUCCAAGUGAAAGUUUGCGUUGUCAUCCCUUUGAGAUGGAGACUCGACUGACAGAAGAAUUUCUACUCUAUAACGGAGCAGCCUUUUGGAUUUAGUCUGCAGCAGCUAUUACGCGGCGCUGGACACCUGCACCCGACUUGGCCGAGACGGACGGCUUCUACGCUGCUGCCCUGAGAAUAACAAAGCGCUCAGAAGCGCUUCUUGAAAUGAAUCAAUAAUUUCUGCACUCAUGUGAACAGUUGUCAAUGUUACCUCCCCACAGGCAGUCCAUGUUCUGUAAAUCACGGACUGCAGAUAGGCGAUAAUGGACAACGGGUUGGUACUGCCAUCGGACAUCCGAUGAUAUAGCCAUACAUAGGCUAGAUAAUGGCAAUGUCAUCAUGGGCAUUUGACUAGUGUCAGCACCAACUGGGAAACGUUUGUCUCUAAAUUCAACUAAAUUUAAAGAGUUAAACAGGAGAGAACUGUGCCUCCAUCUCAGCCCUGUCCAAAUCCGACCUCACAAAGCCAGUAUAAUAGAUCACUGAAUCACCAUGGGUGCAGUACUGUCACUGUCCCCUGCAUCCAGGAAGAACAGCUACUACGACACGCGCCCCGGUUCGCUCAACCACUACCCGAGGCUGAGCAGCCGAUCGCUCAACACUCAGAAAGACCACACCGGCGGCCUGAAACGAGGCCAGUCAAUCUUCCUCCCGGCGCUCACCUGGAAACGCCUGGUUGCCACCACCAAGAAACGAGGGGGUUCUAAGAAAUGUUCUGGGGGUCCUGGGUUGCUCGGAGACCCCCUCAACAACAACAACAUUUACCAGAAGGACCCGGUGUUGCAUCUCAACCAGGAGAAUGUCAAGAAGUCUCUAUCCUGUGCCAACCUCUCCAGCUACAACAGGCCAGCGGGACUAGGCCUGGGGAUAGGCUUUGGCCAGGGGCACUGCGGCUAUGAGAUGGGCAUUAAGCCCCAGCAGCUACCCUCCGUCAAAAAAGUGCCCCAUCAAGGAAUGGGCGCUUCGUCCCCCAAGCGCGUCAUCAUCCAGGCGUCCACUAGUGAACUCCUCCGCUGCUUGGGUGAGUUCCUGUGUGGCCGCUGCUAUCGGCUGAAACACCUCUCACCGGCGGACCCAGUGCUGUGGGUGCGGGCGGUGGACCGGUCUCUACUCCUCCAGGGCUGGCAGGAUCAGGCCUUCGUGACGCCAGCCAACGUCGUGUUUGUCUACAUGCUGUGUCGAAAUGUGGUGGAUGGGGACCUGGUGUCGUCGGAGCACGAGCUUCAGGCCACUCUGCUCACCUGCCUCUACCUGUCCUACUCCUACAUGGGCAAUGAGAUCUCCUACCCACUGAAGCCUUUCCUGGUGGAGGCUGGCAAAGAGGCGUUUUGGGACCGAUGCCUUGCCAUCAUCGACGCCACCAGCACCAAGAUGCUACGCAUCAACGCCGAUCCCCACUUCUUCACCCACGUGUUUGCCGAGCUUAAGAGUGAGGGGGGCUGCGGCCCACAGGACUACAGCCGAGUGCUGGACCGGUGAGAGGAGGGGUAGAGGGGUACAACCCCCCCCAAUCUCCAUCCCCAUCCCCCCUUCUCCUAUCUGCCAAACAUUUCCCCCUCCUGUCCCCUACAUCCAAGCAUGUAACACAGGGGGGAAGGAACCUACUGGCCUAUCAUGACUGUCACUGACACGGUUGGAUCAUUCCAUCAGCUGCUUGUCAUGCCCCCCCCCCCCCACUAUCUUAUGGCAGGGGUAUUCAAAUCUUACCUUAUGAGGUCCGGAGCCUGCUGGUUUUCUGUUCUACCUGCUAAUUAAUUGUACCCACCUGGUGUCCCAGCUGUAAACCAGUCCCUAAUUAGAGAGGCUUCGAGGUCCAGAGUUGAGUUGCAAGGUGUUAUGGUAUAUCACAAGACCCUACUUUAUCCUCCUAUCAGCCAUCCAUAUUUCAACAGGGGGGGGGGGGAACCGUUCCCCCUAAGACACAAUUAGAAUUCGACGUGUCGUCAAUGGGGUUGGUGUCUUAUGUUGUGUUUUCAACACAAGCCCUUCUAUGUUACGGAAGACUCACCUGAUUUUACUUGAAUGACCUUUUAGCCCGCCUGUCCUUGUUGACCCCACUCUCACCUCUUGAGUCUCAGUGAGCUGGAGGAACAGAAAUAGAAAUACUCUCCUGUCUCCCCUCUCACCACUCCCCUCUCCCUCUCUCCCCCCUCCCCUGUCCCCCCUCUCACUCCUCCCCUCUCUCCCCCCUCUCCUCCCUCUCCUCUCCCCCCUACAGCCAAGACUCCCUAUCGGAAUGUGAUCGUUACAUCUGUUUACAUGGGUCAGUUGUUAGUGUCAGAUCUAGAAGAAAAUGCAUCAUCACAACCACAUGCAGAGUCAGGGGUCAGAGGUUAUACAAAGUGAUUGGUUGGGUCAUUAACAACCCAAGGGAAUGGCAUUUUAUCAACAGCGUUGUUACCUAGAAGAUCAUGGGUAUCAUUACUUAUAAAUAGAUGACUUUGAUAGAACUCAACAGACUCAAAUAUUUCCUAAAUAGUGCACUAUUUUUGACCGGAGUCCAUAGGUCAAAAGUAGGGCACUACAUAAGGAUUAGGGUUUCAUUUGGAAUGCCUGAAGGGUGCAGGGCCAUUUGUCUCUAACACUCCAGCUAUCAUUUCAUCUAAGGGGUCUCCUGGUGGAAGCAAAGUAUGCCCUUAUUUUGCGUGUGUGUGUGUGUGUGUGUGUGUGUGUGUGUGUGUGUGUGUGUGUGUGUGUGUGUGUGUGUGUGUGUGUGUGUGUGUGUGUGUGUGUUGUGCAGUGGGCGUCACUGAGGGUCAUCAGCUGUUUAACCCCGUCAGUCCUUUGUUCCCUGGCUGUGCCUGUCAUCAGGGCACCUGCCCGCUGCAGCUGUGGUAUUAACGAGAUUACCUUUCCUCCUUUUCACCUCCCUUCUUCCUCUAGCCCCACCCCCUCCAUCCACCUCUGUCCCCCUCUCCUCCCUUCGUCCUCUAG